AUCCCCGCAUGCGUUUGUCUCAUAGUUCAGCGCCAAGUCCCAGAGAUACUGGAGCUGAUGGACAGUCAGUUUCGCACCUUAUCCGGGGGAGAGCACUUCACUUUAAGUGGCCUGACAACACUUCGACUUAAUGAUGUGCUCUGCGGUCUGAAAGCGCUCCGCUGUCGAAUUCCGUCUGCUUGAUGCCAUUAAAUUGAACUGCUUGUGGUAGAUAACGCGAGGCUGCGCGCGCGUCCGCCGGAGAUCGUAAAUUCUACACGAGAAAAAACAUAGAGGACUGGCUGGUUCCUCAGCUCGCGCUCUCCGCCACACAAACACACACACACACACCCACACACACACACACAGACACACAUAUAAAUAGAUAUAUAUACACACACACACACACACACACAUACACACACACACUCGCAGUCCUCACGCGCUCGGAAGUUUCGUGGAAUAAUCAGGAGCGUUCGUCCUAGAGGAUUUAGGUUUGGGCUAAAAUCGCUCUGUUUGGGCAUUUGGACGCAGGAAGGGUCGUUUUUGCCCCGAGAGGAUCUGAUUUCAGUCCUCGUUCUCGGAGUACUUCAAGUUGUGGAAGUUUUUGUGCGCAGCGACGGGGGAGAACAUGGGCAUAGCCAGCUGCCUUGCUCUGCCUUGGAAAUGCCUGGUUGUGGUGGCUCUAAGACUGCUGUUCCUUGUGCCCGCAGGAGUGCCAGCGCGAAGCGGGGAUUCGUAUUUAAAGGACAACAUCACUGUCAGACAAGGGGACAGUGCCGUCUUGAAAUGCAAUGUGGACAGCAAGGUAUCUCGAGUAGCUUGGCUGAACCGGACCACCAUCCUCUUUACGGGGAACGAGAAAUGGUCAUUGGACCCCCGAGUGGUUCUCCUGAACAACACGGCGGUCACAGAGUACAGUAUAAAGAUCCUGGACGUGAAUUUGCACGACGAGGGGCCGUACGUUUGCUCCAUUCUCACUAACAAGAAGCCAGAAUCCACCAGAGUUCAUCUCAUAGUACAAGUUCCUGCCAGGAUUGUGAACAUAUCCACGGACGUAGCGGUAAACGAGGGCAGCAAUGUCAGCCUCAUGUGUCUGGCCAUCGGACGACCCGAGCCCAACAUUAUAUGGAAAUAUCGCUCUGCCAGAGGUCGCAGAUUCGUCAGUGAGGGGGAGUAUGUUGAGAUGACUGCAAUUACCAGAGAACAGUCUGGAUCGUAUGAGUGCAUCUCCUCUAACGACAUCUCUCCCCCGGACGUGAGGACUGUACAAGUCACAGUAAAUUAUCCUCCGGUCAUUUCGAGGGCCCGCAGCUCAGGAACCCCUGUGGGUCAGAGAGGGGUACUGCAGUGUGAGGCAUUGGCAGUUCCUCUGGCUGACUUCCAGUGGUAUAAAGAAGAUCGUCGCCUCUUCAAUGGACUCAAUGGAGUGAAAAUAGAAAACAAAGGUAAACAGUCCAUGCUCAUAUUUUUCAAUGUGUCUGAAGAGGACUAUGGGAACUAUACCUGCGUGGCCAUGAACAUGCUGGGGAUUUCAAACGCCAGCAUAAUCCUCUAUGGCCCGGGAGCGCUGCAUGAUGUGAACAGUGCUGCUCUCUCUCCAUCCGUCUCCAUCAGCCUGCUGCUCACUCUCGCUCUCUUUUACCUGAGCAAGUUUUGAUGCUAGAGAUCAUCCCCUGCAUCAGCUUCACUCGGCAUUACACGCAGACAGACUCGGAGGCCCAUGACUAGAAGCAGAUUCUUUGUCACUAUUAUCAUUAUUAUAAUGAUUAUUAUUAUUAUUAAUAUUAUUCUUUGGUUUUUUUUUUAUUUUUACUUUGCCUUACAGUUAUUUUUGGGGUUAGAACAUGGGGUUUAAAUGUGGGCUGUGAGUCUGUCCUAAGAGAAUAUGAGACUGCGUACGGUUCUUUGGUUAAAUGGUUAGAGGUCAUUGUAGAACCACAGUGUGUGUCUCUCCAACCUUUUGUAUGUAAAAGAAAAGCAAAAAGUCACGUGAUCGUUAAAAAAAAAAAAAGAUGAAAAAAAAACUGGCUCAGUAUUGAAGUGUGUGAAUUGAGAAUUUUCGUGUCAUGUCAGUUUCUUGUAAAAUAACAUGAAAUGACUUUCUUUUCUUUUGUAAAUAAUCAACAAAAGUGCAAAAAAAUGUAUCAUGUGAUAUAUGAGUUACUGUACUUGUACAGAUGUAUACAGUGGAAUACUUACAGUUCAUUCAAAUAUGAGUAAGGUCAACCUAUGCGUAAUAUAGCUCCCUUCCUGAAAACGGUCUGGUGCGUACUAUAGUGUCCAUCCCUCAUCCAGUACUGUUGUUACCAUUAAUGUCACUCAGAUUCCUAAAGGAUCUCAACACACAGGCGAUGUAGAUUAGUCACCUUAUCUGGUCUUUUAGAGAUUUACUUUAGACUUUCUUUGCAGUAAAUAUAGACACUAAAUUGUAUGUUUAGAAAGUAGACAACAUGAUGGAUUUGCAAAAUGUGAUGCAACACGUGUGCACGUUCGGAGUAGCACUGACACAGUGAAGUGUUAUCUCUGCAUGCUUUAGCUGGAAGCUGGCACUAAAUGCCGUCGCGUAAUUGGACCGCCUAUUGCAAACUAAUUUAAUCAAGCUAUCUGACAUACGCAAUACUGUGUGAAAAGUCAGAGACCACCCUUUCUAUAUUUAAUUAAGUUAUUCUUUUUUCAGCACCAGGAAAAAAGAGGAAACAUAUUUAACAGGAAAUUACACAAAAGCCUUCAAGGCUAAGUACAAAAUCAAAUCAGUAUUUAUCUAGUUUAUACCUUUGUGCAGUCGAGCUCUUCCUCCCUUCCAGUCUCAAAACCAGCCAGCCACGGCUGGGUCCUCCCAACAGAAGCUGUUCUCAAAGGACAUUAUGCUCCUCCUCAAACAGACACUAACAUCUAGACAAACACAACAGCCUCACACAUUUCUCUCUCUCAUUUAUCUAAAAUGGCCAAAGAGGAGAUUAAUGAGGAGAUUAGAUAGAAGAGAGUCCACUUCCAUAAGGAAGAGCAAGGAAAAUAAGUGGAAAAAAAACAAGAUUUUCCAAAAGUGUUUAAAAGAUGAUUUAAGGAUGUAAAAAAUGGGACUCCUUGCGAGACAUGGAAGACCACCAAAAUCUGAGAGACAGGAGAAAAUCAAGCUGCUUCUGAUCUGAAAGUAUCCACAUGUGUUUCUGUCCAUCCUUCCACUGUGAGAUGACAAUGCAGCACUAUGGGUCUGAAAGGAUGUGUAGCUGUAAAGAAGCUGUUACUAAGGAAAAGAAAUAGACAAAACAAGAAGAAUAUCUGACCUAGAACAUGGAAACUGGAUAGCUGAGAGCCACCUACCAAGCCUCUCCAAAACCACAUUUAUAUGUAUGAGAAAAUACAUUAAUUAUAUUGUAAUAAUAAUGCAAGACUGAGCUUAGAGGUGUGGGAAACGUUCCCUGCAGAUUUCUUUAAAAACCGAGUGGACGUUUUCUGGAAAGUAUGGAAGCUGUAAUAAAGGCAAAUGAAGGGCACAGUGAAUACAAAAAAAGAUAUUUAGUUGUUGAGGCUUCUGUGUAAUUGUCUGUUAAAUAAACAUACCUCUUUUUUUCCUGAUGCUGAAAAAUGAAUAACUUGUACUUACUGGCCGUUUUUACUGGACAUUAAAUGAUUGAUCUCUGACUUUUACACAAUGUUGUACAGGGCAAGACUUUGUUUUCACCCUCUUCAGAGUGCACAUGUCGACCCCCUUUUUAGACCGUUUUUGUUGUUUUUCCCUUGUUGCUUGUUGCUCUGUUGAGGUGUUUUUACAGUGUUCUUUCUCAGGUUUUAAAAUAUGACUUUAAUUUGUGUGUGGCUGUGAAUGUCAAAGCUUAUGGCAAAGGAUAUUAAAAACAAGGCCAAGACUAUUGUUUGCUGAAUGCUAUGUUCUGAGAACUUUAGGUUUAAAAUGUAUGUUACAUUUCAUAACGCCAAACAUAUUCAUUAUAUUUCAUAAUGUACACACUGUAUAGAGCCAUACCUACAGUAGAGAUACAGAACAGUGCUCAGCUCUUUGUCGUCAUGUUUCCUUGGAGCACUUUUUCCCCCAAUAAUCUUCCAGCACUGAUGUCUCCCAGUGCUGAUAUGUAACCUUGAUAAGCUUGCCAUUUUCUCUGUCACACCUCCGCACCUGUUACUCUGUCUCUAAAAGCUGACCUGGAACGCAGUCAACACCUUAAUGAGGAGAUUUGGAUGCUUCCCAAAGAGAGACAGUUAUCAGCCCAUGACAUUAUGCGAGCUAACAGAAUGAACACACACACACACACACACACACACACACGCACACACACACAUAGAGCUUAGUUAGAGCUUAGAAAUGAGACUUUGUGCUCAGAGGAAUUUGACCAUCUCCUCAUUCAGCCCUAUUAG